AUGGCAGGAGGAAGCGCACCGUUGGACACGAAGCAUGGCCAGUACCUCGGUCCCUGGGGCAAUUUAGGAUCUCAGACACAAAAGGGCAUAACAACCUACUCCAUCUCCGCCAACCGCCAACGUCCUCUUGCCGGCACACUCAAUGCGGCAGUCUUCAAUACCUGGCGGAGAUGCAGAGCUCAGGCUCUUUACGUCCUACCGCCUUUUGCGCUCGCAUAUCUGGCUUUGAAUUGGGCUGUCGAAAAGAACGAGUACUACAACUCAAAGACAGGGAGAAUGCACGACGCAGAAGCCGCAGAUCAAGCUACUCAGGGAGGAUCAGUGCGUGGUUAG